UGUCGUGAAGAUUUGCGGUGAGCUAGCUCGGGUGGCUCGUUAGUCCCAAGAUUCGGAUACGACUCUGCGUGUGCCUUGAUUGAUAGUUGGUGACCCAUGGCAAUAAUGCCAGCUGGGUUUGUUUAUUGUUUUUUGGCGACUCAGACUGUAAUCUGUAGACUGUACGGAUCUUACCCAGUGGCCUUUUACGCCCGCCAGAUGGCAAUAUGGGACGAUUCGACCCUGACCGCCGCAAUUGGACGCGGAUUGACAUUGACAAUGCGUCGUUGCCAUUUGGGGAGAAGUGAGAAAUCGGAUAGUGCGUUAUUAUCACGGAUGACAAUGAACAUGACAGCAGCAACGUCGCAUUGCGGCGAGCUUUCCGCGGAGUCCAAUGCAGCAGAGUAGGCGUCACGGAUGCGGAAGUGCCAAAGUGCUUGUGGCAGGCACGUCAAAUGUACCUACCUCACCUACUGACAUUGCGAAAGUACCAAAGUCCCUCAGCCUGCAGUGAACCUGAAAAGUGGAAGUGACGAUGCGGAAAUAUGUUGCCGUGACUCUUACCUGCU